UCCGGCUUGCCUCUAGCGCAGGCGCAUAGAGUGCUUCAAUAUGGCCGCCUCCGUGGAUCUGGAGUUGAAGAAGGCCUUCACAGAGCUUCAAGCCAAAGUUAUUGAUACUCAACAGAAGGUGAAGCUCGCAGACAUACAGAUUGAACAGUUAAACAGAACGAAAAAGCACGCACACCUUACGGACACAGAGAUUAUGACGCUAGUAGACGAGACCAACAUGUAUGAAGGUGUAGGAAGAAUGUUUAUUCUGCAGUCCAAGGAAGUGAUUCACAACCAGCUGUUAGACAAACAGAAAAUAGCAGAAGAAAAAAUUAAAGAGCUGGAGCAGAAAAAGUCCUACCUGGAGCGGAGCGUUAAGGAAGCUGAGGACAACAUCCGAGAGAUGCUGAUGGCUCGGAGGGCACAGUAGGAGCUGCUGGGAAACUUCUUCCCUUCUGAUCCCUCCUAUCCUGUCACGACAGGGGCUGUGCAGGGUACUGCCCUCCCUCUGCCCAGCGGCCCCAUCAUGCCAUCAGGUCCCAACUGAAUGUUUGCCAACCCCUGCCCAGGACACUCUUCUUUCCUGGGGCAAGCCAGGAGCUCUCAACAGAGAGAAGACCGGAGGGCAGAUGGAGAAAGCUGUCCAAGCCUGUCACUAGGCAUGUGGGUUAGACCAGGUUAGACCAAUAAAAAGCUAUGUCUUACUCUA